ACCACCAUUCCCAUCACCCACCACCACCACCAGCGACCAAGCAUCGUGGAGACCGUGAGGAUGCGAAAGCGCCGCACGCCCCUCCGUUCCCCCGCUGCCACCCUCCCUCCCCGUUGGGCGUGCCCGCAGCGUCCUCAUGAUGCGCGGGCCCCACGCCAUCAUCCAUCCGUGACCACUUUAUCGAGAUCGCCGUCGCGCCCACUGCCCCACCGUCCAUUUCAUGCUCCGCUCUCCCUCUUCUUCCUCUCCCCUUCGUCUCGAAGAGACCUCUCGCCUCCACCCGAACGAAGCCCUAAUGGCCCCUGAAGUGGCUCCUUCCACCUCUCUCCCGCUGCUCUAACGCGGUCUCUCUCCAAGAAUUCCCUCCCUUCUCCCGGUGCAAAAUGGACAUUGAGGUGAGGUUCUGAUCCCCGUCCCUGCCUCUUGCCUCGCUUCAUGGAUUGGCUUCCUUAGCUCCUUCGGUGCAGUAGCCGAAGUAGACUUCCACAGGAAUGGACGAUGAGCUAAUCAAUCACCAUAUUGAAUUUGAAGAUGUGAAAGCAGAAGUUUCGUUGGACCACAUGGAUAUCAUUACCUCUCUAGAUGAAGACACCAAAAUGAUUUUAACGCUAGAUGAAGGGAGGAUAGUUUCAUCUCAAGGUGAUAUGAUCCUGGAACCAUACGUGGGAAUGGAGUUUGGAUCUGAAGAAGCAGCAAAAACAUUUUACGGUCUAUAUGCUAGGCAUGUGGGUUUUCGUGUCCGCAUCAGCAGGUACACCCGUUCAAGGCGUGAUAACUCUAUUAUUUCCCGUAGAAUUGUUUGUUCCAGGGAGGGUUUCCGUGAAAUUCGUGCUAAUGAAAGUCUUUAUGGUGAGCAAAGAAACCGACAAAGAGUGGCCACGAGAGUUGGUUGCAAAGCAAUGAUCAUGAUAAAAAAAAUAGACAUAGGGAAAUGGAUUGUUACUAAGUUCAUCAAGGACCAUAACCAUGGUCCAGUGCCUCCAAGGAAGGUAGAAAAUAGGACAGUGCACAAGGAUGAUGAGUUGGUAGAGAAAGUGUGCAUCACUGAAGGAGAUUCUGUCCAAGAACCAUUUGAGGGAAUGGAAUUUGAGUCUGAAGAGGCUGCAAAGUUAUUCUACAUUUCUUACGCUAGGAGCAUGGGUUUUCGUGCACGUAUUAGUAGGUACUGCCGUUCAAGACGUGAUAAUUCAAUCAUUUCUCGACAGAUAGUGUGCUCAAAGGAGGGUUUCCGUGAAGAUCGUGCAAAGAAGGAGAUAACAGAGGAGGGAAAAGUUAAGCGCCCCAGAAUGAUAACGAGGAUAGGUUGUAAGGCUAUGAUCAUAGUAAAGAAGAUGUCUGGAAAGUGGGUGGUAACAAAAUUUGAGAAAGAACAUAACCAUGUUUUGCCACCUUCAAAGAAGGAUCCCUGUCAUGCUGGAAAAUUCAGCAAUUCACAAGGGGCUGGUAGAGUGUCUAACGAGACGGAAAUUGAUCGGUUUUCUACUGGUACAAAAGGCAACUCUCAAGAAUCCCUAACUGUUCUGUACAACCAGUUAUGCUAUGAAGCAAUUAAAUAUGCACAAGAAGGUGCAACCACCGAACACACUUACAAUGUGGCAAUGGCUUCUCUAAAGGAGGCUGCAGAGAAGGUUGCUGCAGUGAAAAGGAAUGCCGGAAUAACGGCACAAACAGGAGUUGCUAGUGGUAGAACCAGACAAGCAUUUCUUGUUUCCACAGAAAGUAGCAUUGGUUCUUUGGUCCAAGUCAAAUCAUUUCAUAAUUUGCAAUCUCAGGAUAAGGCACGAGAACUCAAGCCUCAGAAACAGCCUGUUAAUUUUGUGCUUUUACCCUCUGGUUUCCUGACUGAUUCAAAUUCAUCUACUUGUUCUACUGAGGCUCCAUUCGUUUUUAAUGUUACUGCAGACUGUUUACAUGGAACCCAGCCCAUCCAAACAGUGAACAUAACCAACCCUAAUACUGUAUGCAAACAGUCAAAUAAUACCACCAUACUGUUUCCAGAAAGGUUGUUUGGAAGUGAUUCAGAAGGCUCUGAUUUGCCAGAAGAAGAGAAAGUGGAGCUACAUAAAUUAGAUACAGCCCCUGAGAUAGCUAAAUCUCACCAGAAGUCUCAGAAAAAUGGAGCUGGCUUAUCUAGUACAACUCAGUCUAGUGGUAAGAAAAUCAGCAUGGGUUCCUCUGAAGUAAAGCUUGGCUAUCCUGCACUUCCGGUGACAGUUUAUAUGCCUGUGGUUGGAAGCAUUGCAGAAACUUUUGCAGGAACCCCAGGGCCAGGCACCUCUUAUGCUCUUUUAGCUACUCCAAUUGCAUUGUCUGUUUCUGCUGGGCCUGUGGAAUUUUGCAGACAAUCACAGGAUGGAAGUCCUCAGCUAGCAAGCAAGAGUAGCACAGUGGCUCUGCUUCCAUCACGAGGAAAUCCAUUACAUCCUAAGCCAUAUGCAGGUCCCAACCCCGAGGUGCAUGCAACUGCUGUUGCCUGCGGUGCCCGUGUAAUCUCCCCCAAGGCAGCAACUUCACUGAUCAAGGCCAUUGAAGCAAGGAUAAGAUCCUCUGUGGCCAAAUCAAAACUUGCUUGUGGCUUUAGACUGUUGGAUUCCGAGUUGACAAGUCCUGAACCCUGUAACGAGGAGGGCAAGACAAAGCAGAAUCCCAUGAAUGUCAUGUCACAAUGGCUGGAAGGGAGUUCUGAGGAGUCGAAGGACGAUGGAUCUGCUGCUGAGGCAAUGGAGUUGGAGGUUGAAGCUGACCAUCCAAUUGCAGGUGCUGAUGAGCAGAAGAACCAGUCACUUUUUGAGGGGCGGAUAGGCUUGUUGGACCCAAUAGGAGCUGCCGGUGAUAUGACCAUCAUUUAGGAGUGACUGAAGUUCCACAUCGAGUUAGAGUUUCUAAAACUUCUAAUGCUACAUAUUCUCAUGUACACAUUUGAGAGAUUUGUGAGCUGAGAAGGGCAUGUUGUAAAGAAAAAAAAAAACUUACCAAUGUCAACAUAGUUGAGCUAAUCUAGUGGACUGGAGAGCUAGGUAUUUUCACUGUUACAUAUGAAAUAGGUAACAUUGUCCUUACAUUAAAGUUGUAAGUGCACUAAAACUAGGUGUCUGGAAUUGUGCUUCAC